UUUUAAUUUCUUUAAUUAAUUAAUUAAUUUAUAUAUCUUCCUCCCGUUCGAUAUUCUUUUUUCUCUCCCAUUUCGUUCACGGAGCUGCGGGGGGAGAGAGAAAUCGAGGAGAGAUCGAAGGUGAUUGCGCGAUCCCCCUUGGAGCGUUCGCUCUCAUCGUCACUUCGUCUUCCUCCUCCUCCGACGAUCCGUCGUGGUGCGGGGCGGGGCGGGGGUUGGGGUUUCGGUCGAUUUCGGUGGCGGAGGAGGUGAAUUGCGUCGCGAAUCGCGCGGUUAGGGUUCCGUUUGAUGAGGCCCUCGUCGCCGCCCCCGAGGAAUGCUCCCCCUGCUUCCGCUGCUUCCUAGGGCAUCCCCCGCCCCCGAUCUCCGCCGCCGCAGCUUAGGAUGGACGUGGACGCGGCGAUGACGACCGAGUCCGACCACGAUCCGGCCUCCGCCGCCGCAGCCGCGAACCACCACCACGAGGACCCGUCGACGUCGCCCGCGGCGGCGCCGUCCGGGGCGCCGCCGCCGCAGCCGCCGCAGCAGCAGCAGCAGCAGCCGGUCGUGGCCGGGCCGAGGCCGGCCCCGACCUACAAGGUGGUGAACGCGUUCAUAGAGAAGAAGGAGGACGGGCCCGGGUGCCGGUGCGGGCACACGCUCACGGCGGUGCCGCCCGUGGGGGAGGAGGGCACGCCGGGCUACGUCGGGCCGCGCCUCAUCCUCUUCGGUGGCGCCACCGCCCUCGAGGGCAAUUCCGCUGCCCCGCCAUCCUCCGCCGGUAGCGCGGGCAUCCGUUUAGCGGGUGCAACUAAUGAUGUCCACUGUUAUGAUGUGUUGGCUGGUAAAUGGACGAGGCUCACUCCACUUGGAGAGCCACCGUCACCAAGAGCCGCACAUGUUGCAACUGCUGUUGGUACUAUGGUAGUCAUUCAGGGUGGUAUUGGCCCUGCUGGUUUAUCUGCGGAGGAUCUUCAUGUUCUGGAUCUAACGCAACAACGGCCACGGUGGCAUAGGGUUGUUGUACAAGGACCAGGUCCUGGUCCGCGAUACGGGCAUGUGAUGGCUUUAGUUGGGCAAAGGUUUCUAUUGGCUAUUGGUGGGAAUGAUGGUAAGCGUCCUUUAGCUGAUGUUUGGGCACUUGACACUGCUGCUAAACCUUACGAGUGGCGGAAGCUAGAACCGGAAGGCGAAGGCCCACCUCCAUGCAUGUAUGCAACUGCAAGUGCACGUUCUGAUGGUCUUCUUUUGCUUUGUGGCGGGAGGGAUGCAAACAGUGUGCCCCUGUCAAGUGCAUAUGGUCUUGCAAAACAUAGGGAUGGGCGUUGGGAGUGGGCUAUUGCUCCUGGUGUCUCUCCAUCUCCAAGAUACCAACAUGCAGCGGUUUUUGUCAAUGCACGACUUCAUGUAUCUGGAGGGGCUCUUGGAGGGGGCCGCAUGGUAGAAGAUUCUUCUAGCGUUGCAGUUCUGGAUACUGCUGCGGGGGUAUGGUGUGAUACAAAAUCAGUUGUUACGAGUCCCAGAACAGGCCGGUAUAGUGCUGAUGCAGCUGGUGGAGAUGCUUCAGUUGAGCUAACGCGACGCUGUAGACAUGCAGCUGCUGCAGUUGGUGAUCAGAUUUACAUUUAUGGAGGCUUACGUGGUGGUGUGCUUCUUGAUGAUCUUCUUGUUGCUGAGGAUCUGGCUGCUGCUGAAACCACAAGUGCAGCGUCCCAUGCUGCUGCAGCUGCUGCAGCCGCCAAUGUACAGGUAGGAAGAUCACCAGCAAGAAGUACUUAUGCUGAUGAAAGACAAGGACAAACCGGUCCUGAAGCCGUUCCCGGCAGUGCUGUUGUGCUUGGAACUCCAGUUGCUCCUCCUGUUAAUGGAGAUAUGUAUGCUGAUAUAAGCACUGAAAAUGCCAUGCUCCAAGGACAAAGGAGAGUGAGCAAAGGCGUGGAAUAUCUUGUUGAAGCCUCAGCUGCAGAAGCUGAGGCAAUUAGUGCUACUUUAGCUGCUGCAAAGGCUCGGCAAAUCAACGGUGAAGUGGAACAAACACCCGAGAGAGAUCAUAGUUCUGAUGCCACACCGAGUGGAAAACAAAUCUCAAGCCUGAUUAAAGUGCCAGACCCUUCACUUUCAAAUACACUUUCAAAUAGUGCCACACCACCUGGCGUUCGGCUUCACCACAGAGCGGUAGUUGUAGCUGCAGAGACUGGGGGUGCUUUGGGUGGUAUGGUUCGGCAGCUCUCGAUCGAUCAGUUUGAAAAUGAAGGAAGAAGGGUCAGUUAUGGCACUCCUGAGAGUGCAUCAGCAGCCAGAAAGUUACUAGACAGGCAAAUGUCUAUGAAUACCGUGCCUAAAAAGGUAAUUGCACAUCUUUUAAAACCCCGUGGAUGGAAGCCCCCCGUGCGCAGGCAGUUCUUCCUGGAUUGCAAUGAGAUUGCGGAUCUCUGCGACAGUGCUGAAAGAAUAUUUUCAAGCGAGCCAAGUGUUCUUCAACUCAAAGCCCCCAUUAAGAUCUUCGGUGAUCUCCAUGGUCAGUUUGGCGAUCUCAUGCGCUUGUUUGAUGAGUAUGGUGCUCCUUCAACAGCUGGGGACAUUGCUUAUAUCGAUUAUCUAUUCUUGGGAGAUUAUGUUGAUCGUGGCCAACACAGUUUGGAAACAAUUACUCUUCUUCUUGCACUGAAGGUUGAAUAUCCUAAUAAUGUACAUUUAAUACGUGGAAACCAUGAAGCUGCAGAUAUCAAUGCUUUGUUUGGCUUCCGGAUUGAGUGCAUUGAGCGGAUGGGAGAGCGAGAUGGUAUCUGGACUUGGCACCGCAUAAAUCGACUCUUCAAUUGGCUUCCUUUGGCUGCAUUAAUAGAAAAGAAAAUAAUCUGCAUGCAUGGUGGCAUCGGUCGAUCUAUCAAUCAUAUUGAGCAGAUCGAAAACCUUCAAAGACCAAUUACAAUGGAAGCAGGAUCCAUUGUUCUGAUGGACCUUUUAUGGUCUGAUCCAACAGAAAAUGACAGUGUUGAAGGGUUAAGACCAAAUGCUAGGGGUCCGGGCUUGGUAACAUUUGGGCCCGAUCGUGUUAUGGAAUUUUGUAAUAAUAAUGACCUACAGCUAAUAGUACGAGCCCAUGAAUGUGUGAUGGAUGGCUUUGAGCGAUUCGCUCAAGGUCAUCUGAUCACUCUCUUCUCUGCUACUAAUUAUUGUGGUACUGCAAACAAUGCAGGAGCUAUUCUAGUUUUGGGGAGAGACCUUGUGGUUGUUCCCAAACUUAUCCAUCCUUUACCCCCUGCAAUUACUUCACCCGAAACCUCUCCAGAGCGUCAAAUUGAGGAUACAUGGAUGCAGGAGCUUAAUGCCAACAGACCGCCAACCCCCACGAGGGGCCGCCCACAAGUAGCUAAUGAUCGAGGUUCUCUUGCCUGGAUAUAAUAGUUUUUCUCAUAUGUUUAUAUAUUCCGUUAUUUUCAAGGCUCCUGGUUGGAAUAUAUGGCAUUAAAUUUAAUCCUCUAAUAUACGACGGAUCGUGGCGAGAUCAAUGAGCUGAAGAAUUCGAGUGCCUGAUGGGGUUCGGCGAGGACAAGCAGCUUUUCACAGGAAAGGAUGAAAUUCGAAGCAGAAAAAACUCUGAUCAACACACGACUUACCAAUCUCUCGCGUUAUCUAUAAUUGCUUCAAUGCAUUGAGAAAUCCUCUGAAACAUUGAUCAGGAGUUUGCCUCAGUUCCUGCUGAGUCUUCGCCUCUUUGUAUAUUCAGCUGCUGGGUUAGAUAGGUUGAGCAUAUGCUUGUUGUCUUUCUGUGUUUACCCAAUUGGAUAUUGUGCGGAUAGGGCCUUUUCUAUUGCUAGUCGGGUAUUCUUUCGUGCCAUCUAGAUUUUUCUGUCGAGGGGACGUAACUAGUGUUGGUGAAAUAUUACGAGUUCCCACAACGGUCCUGGGGUGCAAGUCUCUGUAUAAUAGAAAUGUCUUGUUGUUGUAGCGCAUAUAUCAACUCUUAAUUUCUGUGGUGCUGUUUAUGUACAAUGUGAGUUUUGAGUUGAUGUACGAGGAUUGAUGAAGAGCAUCUUGGUUAUAGUUGAGGCCU